AUGGAAAGCAACCAUGGAAAAAUGAGGCCAUACAAAAGCAUCUAUGAUGAAAUACUUGCCAAAGCAACAAGCUCACAGUACGGCUACACAGAUGAGCAAGUCAAGAGUGUCUUGGGGAACAUGUACCAAAAAUAUGCCAGCUGUUUUAGUAACGUCAAAUCAUACUACAAGGUCUGGCUGGUCGAAGACUGGAUUUGGAUAUCUUUAUGUACGCAGCAUCUUCAGACAACCUUUUACCUCGAUGCUAAUCCGUUCGCAGUCCCAAAGGAACAUGGAACUCACCUUCUAUCGGACGACACGAGAGAAGAGGCAGACUGCAAGCUAACGUUGGUUAGAUAUGCGGCAUUUAUGGGUUGUGCUGCAAGUGAUUCAGCGUCGGCUUUCUGCAAUCGAUCUUAUCGAGGAGAGACCAAUCUUGUGGCAGCCCAGCAGCGGGCGAACGAUACCGUUGUUGACACUGGUUCAGAGAUGGAAGCUGAGCCGACCCUUACUUUGAACAAUAGUUUUCAGAGGAAAAGGUCUAUGCCGAUAAAUGAGGGACCACGCAAAAAGGUCAAGACAGAGAAGAGUAUGUAG